AUGCCCUCCCUUCCCAACCCGUUCUCGCCAAAUCUUCUUGUAUUAUUCAUGGGAGCGGCUGUUAUUGCCUGGAGCGUCUCGGAAUUAAAAUCUAUGCAAUCGGAGCUUGCUGUAGCCCUAACUACCGUACUCCAAUUGGCGCAUCUACAACAGAAUUCCGGAAAUUCUGCUCCUAGCUCCCAGAAACCAAUCGCAUAUAUUGAUGGGCAUGGAGAGAAUCCUGAAAAUGGAUAUAUGAUGCACAUUUUUGAGGUGUUUCGUAUGAUGGGUUAUGAAGUUAUCACGGGUAAACCUACGCCCGGGACAUAUUGGGAUGUAAUGUGGACGCAUGAAUACCCCUGGACAAAUGAGAUUUAUAGCGCUCACGUGGGAAUGGCAGGGUCGGAUCAAAUAAUUAACCACGUCCCUGGCUCCGGUUAUUAUACAAGUAAGGUUGCACUGGCCACGGCAAACACUACCUUCGGUGUCCCACAAGCCUUUCAGCUUCCCGAUAAAAAAGAAAAGUUCUUAAAGAUCGCAAAAGAAAACCCCGAUUGGCUGUGGGUCCAAAAAGACAAUGCCCAUCGGAAUAUCGUCAUCAAACCACUGGAGGAAUUGGAUUUUGACAAGAAGGAGAGCUUCAUACAAAAAUUUGUUGCAAAUCCAUUUUUAAUCGACAAUCGAAAGUUCGAUAUAGGGAUUUAUACCGUAAUAACGUCUAUAAACCCGUUGAGGGUAUAUGUUUAUGAUGAGUAUUUGAUACGAAAAAUCGGGAAAGACCCAAGAAAAGUUUGGGCAGAUAUUCGAAGGACAAUUGCUGAGGUUUUCCACCAUCAACAACUAAAAAUGCUAUCCUCAAUUGAAUUCAUGCCCGUCAAAGCCAGAUUCUUUGAAUUAAGCCGAUUUGACUUUAUUCUCGACGAAGAUUUAAAUGUUUAUUUAAUGGAGGCAAACAUGUCCCCAAAUCUCUCUAGCGGCCAUUUUAAGCAAAAUCAAGUGCUCUACGAGCAGGUCUUGCAAAACAUUCUAUCGUUGGCAGGCGUGGGUAGCCACCUUGAAUUACAAGCUCAACGAUAUUUAAGAAGUCGAGGCGGCCUUUUGAACUCUGAAGUAUCUGAUCGAGAUUUAUCGCUGGAUUUUGUAGAAUGUGGCGAAGCGAAAUGCGAGAAGUGUGAUGGAGACCCGAUUUGCCGACUCUGUGCCCAAUGUAUCGAUGACAAAAUGAUUUCGGCGUUACGAGAAACUGAGCGCGAGCAUCUUUCCCGUCGCAAUAUGGUCCGUAUCGAUUUUUCUAGCAAAAAUGAGAAAAACACGGCCGAAGAUCUCCUGCUCCACCAUUGGCUCCUAAAGAAAUGUGAACAACGCGCGGAUUGGUGUAACGUG